AUGGGGUCGUGUAUAUUGAAAGUUUUUCUCUUGGCCUUUCUAUCAGGUUAGUAAUUUUGGUCGCAAUCGUACGUUUGUACAGUUGAAGUAUAGUAUUAUACUGGAUAUAGCUAUAUUAAUUUGAAUAUAGGUAUGAUAAUAUAAAGAAAAUAUAAGGUGUAUAAAUGUUGAAUACAAUAUGAAGUGAAUUAUCAGGUUAUUUUAUGCGGAGCAACCUUUGACUUUUUAUAAUGCUGUAUUUUUGUCAUAGUUGCUUUUGAAUAUAGAGCUUAUAUAGUCGCCACAAAGUGUUCGGUCAUGCAGACGAUACUGUUUCAUUUGUUCAUGCACACGGGAAUUCGUCCACCUCUCAGAAAGAAAGUAACUAUAAAUACUCCACUUGCAUCCGACUGAAAUUUCAUGAAUAUACAAGAGAGCGUAGUGCUUGUCAUUUAAUAAAUAAACCAAUAGGCAAUAAACCUGAUUUCAUAUAUAGCAGUGUUUCCUUCCUUACGAUAUUCAUUAUAUUUACCAUGCACCCAGUAUUGAAAAGAAGCUCAAGAGUGUAAAAAUAUUCUAUAUACUGCAUGUGUAGGCUCCGUUCACAUGGACUCGGACGAAUUCGGAACCGCAUACCCAAAUUUGCACCUGCAGCACUUUCACCUAUAUAUAUGUAUGUCAUAGAACCUCCGCGCCGCCCAAUGCAGUUUUUCCCGUAGACAGCCGAACACAUCAUGCGCUUAUACGAAAGGCACUCGCUCCCCCUCGCCCCCCUAAGCUACAUUAAGUCAGUCAUUUUGAAUGUUUUCAGGGGGUGGGGCGAGUGGCGGCUUCCCUUUAGAGCACUGCAAGGCUAAGGCCAAUAUAUAUGCAGUGUACGAAACCGCACGAAUUCAAGCACAGCAAGGUGGAAAUUUCCCUAAACUGAAAUAAAAAUAUAAAGGAUAAAAACACAGAGGUAAUUUUGUGGGAGGAUGGUGGAACGCUGCAAAAACACCCAACGUUUCGAGGGUGAAAGGCUGUCGUAAAAAGCGUACAUUGCGCUUAUAUGUAGUAAAACGUUUCCCUUGCAUGCAGUUAAUAUACUGAUAUACUUCAUUUUUUCACUUUUUGGUUGUUCGGACUCAAACCACGGCUAGAAUACAUGCAGAGAAUAUUAUUUUGGUAUAGACCACUAUCUACAGUGGAUCCUUGAAAUAUCAUGCAAGUUAAUGUUAAGCAAGUUUUGCCGUUUUGGACUCAGAUUAAGUAUCACAGUCAUGCACAAAACAGCUCAUUAUGUUUAUGUUUGAGCUGAGUAUACUACAGUAUUCGUCUAUGUAAAUAUGCAAAUCUAUAGGCCAUUUUGAUUUGAAAUUAACAUUCACAAACAGUGAGCUGAUAAUUCGUUUUUGUGUAUUUACUGCAGUUUUUCCAUUCAAAUUGAAAAAUAUUAACGUCACAGAUCUGAAAUUGACAAUUUGCACACAUCACAUAGAUUUGACUUUUUUAUAGAUUGGAUAAUCAAUGCUCAAGCCGUGGAAUACGUCAUUCACAUUUAUACCGCUGACAAAUUUAAAGCAGGGACGGAUGCUCCUGUAUAUUUAAGGUUUUAUGACAAAAAUGACAAGCUGGUGUUGUCGCAGACUAAGAUCGACCCACCUGGUAAUCCAUUCGAGCAAAAUGCGUGAGUUAUUAUUCGAUAUUUUUAUAAAUUGAGAUUUGUGAAAUCAUUAAUAUAGACUAUAGUUCAGCAGUCAUUCUCUAGAGGUAUGAAACUAUAAUCCUCACAAAAAUUGAAUACAUAUAUAGUGACAGCAACCGUUAGUGUUCUAUAAUUUAGGAUUUUUAGCUCAAGUUUUAGUUUCAUUGAUCGUCUUGGCUAAAGAUGCUCCCUAAUAUUGUAAUAAAUUAGAGGUAAACCACUUUGUAUGCCCUAUACCUACAGACUGUACAAAAAAGGUAAUCCAACUUUAGCGUGCUUUUGUGAUUUCAAUAAAUAUUGAGUGUAUAAUUUUUCAUAUCAAUAAAGGUUAGGGUUUUAGCUUAACAACAAAUUUGUUACAACUCAAUAAAUAAGAGAUAAAAGACAGAAAAUUUGUUAAUGCUACGUAAGCAAGCACAUUUUAUUCUUUGUGCAAUGAAAGGUUCAUCGUUUUCCUAAGAAAUUUUUAAAGACUAUUAUUUGUUCAGCUAGAAAAUUUUAUUGCAUUUCCGGGACUCCGAGAGCCCUCAGAGUUUAAAAAAUCCUCCCCCCCCUUCCAGCCUCACGCCCUGGUGUUCCCAGCACCCACCCAACAGUUUCUUGAUGACGUCGUAUAUUGUUCCGUCUAAUACCCCCUUUCGAUAAUUACGUCAUUUGGCCUGGGAGCCUCACUCUCAUGAAUCGUGAGCCAAUCACCUUGCAUAAUUUACUAUAAUGAGAGCGAGGCUCCAGGACCAAAAAGUACGUGUGACGUAAUUAUCGAACGGUGUGUUGCUGGCUGCGCCAAUGGUAAACACAUGAUUUCCAGUCCAAAUGCCAAUAAAAUUCUAUUAUAUCAGCUAUAAAGCAGAUGCCUCUUUUAAGUGGACCUAUGAUUGGUUCCAAAACUAUAGGACUAUAAUGGGUACGACUGAAGUUGUUUUUAGUUUGUGCAUGGUGCUUCUGGAAUAUCGUAUUUUUAGAAAACUUGCGUAUUUGACUGCUAUCUGUGACUGAAUAAUUAUUUUAUCGAUCAGGCACGACGUUGAACGAUUACGUACAGGUUUGUAUCUUGGAGAAUUAUCAAGAAUUGAAGUGAAACGAGGAUCGACCUCAUUCGGAUUGGGGGAUGAUUGGGAUCUUGACAGGGUAAGAAAACAGCCAAAACAACAAAAAUAAAGAACCGAUUCCGAUGAAAACUUGCACCUUCAGAAUUCAUGAAUUAAAUAAGACAGGUUAUUGAGAUUGUAAUUGUCAGUGUAUAGAAAAAAUCGUUAUCAGAAAACACAGAGAGAGAUUUAGAGCAAGUCUGUUGUCACUAUUACUAGUCGGAACUCUCAGUGAUUCCCUAUUCUUUUUUCAGAUUGAAGUUGAAGAUCCACGAAAUAAUUAUAAAUAUGUUUUUUAUUGUGGUUGUGAAAUUGGUAAAGCUGAUAGAUGGUACAAUGUACAGGGUAAGCAUUACGAAACUGAACCAAAUUACUAUGGCAUGUAUAUAAAAACUUGAAAUAUUGUCAAGAGAAAAUUUUUUCAAGAUAUUUUUUACGAUGUUGUUUCACGUAUUACCGGAGGAGCAAACUGUGAUCAACAUAUUUUUGCAUGUUUUUUUAGUUAAGAGACCAUUUGACUGCAGAAAUGGGUAUCAUCUUGUGAACGACAAAUGUGAAGGUUAGAUUAUACGAUUUGUAAGAGUUUUAUUGGUGGCCUUUAGGAAUUAUACAAUUUAGGAAUCGAAAUUCGGUACAAACGUGCACUGUAACCACUGUGCCACGAAACAAAUUGAAAUUGUCAUAUAAAGGUUGACUACAUAACGUUGAAUAUUAUAAUUAUAUUGAAGAUGGUUACGCUUCUGUUUUUCCUAGAUGUCGAUGAAUGCCAGGCAAGUGGAUGCAGCGAUCCUAAUGCAAUCUGUACUAACACUGCCGGUACUUAUCACUGUAACAAUUGUAAACCUGGCUACAGUUUUGACGGCAGUAAAUGUGCAGGUACGUCUGAGUGUUUAAAUUGACGCGCAUUAAUGAUAAUGGUGAUUAAUUAUUUAAUAUGGCUAACACAAUGUGUGGUUGCCCAAUUCACCAUAGCCAGACCAAGAGAAAAACACUUGAAGAGAGAACCAACCAAACAUUACUUUCACGAAUUUUUAAGCACAGGCAAGCUUCCCAAGGAGUAAAUUUCGUUGUCCUCCACCUACAGUUAACAGGCUAAACACAACAGUAUAAACCUGUUUAACCUCAUCUAAAACCCAUACAUACAAUAUGAGUACCACAGUGUUUCUUUUAUCUCUAUGCCAUCAUGUUCCUUGAAAUACUAAAUUAUGCAGGAACUGUAUUUACAUAACACAUAACCUUGCAAGCUUAAAUAAGUGCGUAGUGCGUUUGUUAUCUUGAUCGUGACUUGUGUAAGCUUAAACCUUAAUAAAUUGAGACUCACUUUUAAGCUUAAUUCUUAUCUUGAAGAAACGAAUGAUUAAAUAUACGGCAAAUUGAGUUUCCCUUAUCUCGCCGUCAUAUCAACUUGUCCGCCUCGUGCAUGGGAAGAUUGUCUGCCAUGCAUGCUGGCUAUACUGGUAAUAUAUAGUCAGCAGUGAGCGGAUUACACCAUUAAUGGGGAUCAGGACAUUGAAUGGCAUGAGAAUCUCUUAAAGGACCAGGCUUUUAAUUUCCGGCUUAAAACUACCAUAUCGCAACAAAUCUUGCUAUAGUGACGUAAUUAUACCGUGAAUCAAGAAGCGUUCUCAUGUAUGUAUUUUCCCUUCAAGAUGUGGAUGAAUGUAUCAAUGGUCAAAGUCAAUGUCAACAAACUUGCAGGAAUACAGAUGGAAGUUAUGUUUGCAGUUGUUUAUCAGGGUUAACCUUGGUAGAUAGAUAUUUUUGCAUAGGUAAAAAUUGACAUGACGUUGCAAUACUUUGCAAUCUUACCGCAAGCAUGACGUAGACCGGUAACAACUGAUGAAGUCACAUGGCAUGUGGCAUUUGCAUCUUUAAACCGUUUUUCCAGUCUCUAACUUUUUGUGUUGUGUUGUUAAAAUUUUAAAUAUUCAAGAAUAAAACAGUUUUCAAACACUAUCACCCAUAUAACUUCUAUUCGGCAAGAUUUACAUGCAUACCUUUUUAUUGGGAAUUUAGAUAAAGAUGAAUGCCAACUGGGCACACACAAAUGUAGAUCCCCCGCAAAAUGUAUCAACAAUCACGGAGGUUAUAAAUGUGAAUGCCCUAAAGGGUACGAGAACGAUCCUACGGACAUAUUCAGUUGUAGAAGUAAGUAGCUGUAUAUACUGUUUACUCUCAUCACCAUUUAGCUGGUUCGAUUUCAAAUUUUCACGAGAGUUGAUGAGAAUGUUUGACCGGUAAUAUCAUUGAAUUUAUUUCCUAUUUCAGACAAGAACGAAUGUUUAAGCCCGACUGCAUGUGACUACAAAACAAGUGUAAAAUGUACAGAUCUUUCACCAGGAUAUAAAUGUGAAUGCAAACCGGGUUUCUAUAAUGAAAAGGACAACGUUUGUAAAGGUAGGUACUGGCACGACUAGAAUAAAGAAGGUAUUAAUCCAAGCCUUUGCCAUGUAAUGCGUUACGUAUUCUUUGUUUGCAAUCACGUGAUUUUUCAUCCAAAUGACGGGCAAUCAAACAACUCGUGGACGAUUUUUCUUCUAUCAGAAUGGUUGUAGCAAGAAAAACUGAAGGUCUUAAUAAAUGUAUAAAAGUUACACUCGAAAUUUUCAUCUACAAAAUCCUUCAACAUUAGUUUAAUCGAGUGCGAUGCCCUGAUAUUUCCAGUUAAAUGAUGAAUUUUGCAAUGGAUUUUCCUUUAUAUUUCUAGAUAUUGAUGAAUGCAAAGGGGGGCACUCGUGUGAUGUUGGAAAAUCUGUCUGUGAGAAUUUGGAAGGAAGUUAUCGGUGCAAUUGUUUUCCAGGAUAUAUUAUGUCUGGCAAUGGCAAGAGCUGUAUUGGUAAGUUUAAUAUAUACUGUAUGUACUUUAAGUUUGGUAGAAAGAAACAGAAUAUCUUGGCUACGUCAGGUUUCCACUUGUGUUAAUUUGACAGCACCGGUUUAAAAAAGGUUUUGAAGGUUUAUCUUCCAUGUUUCCUCCGUCACCGGCACUUUCUCAUAAACCAUGUGGACCAUAUUCUUUCUCUGACUUCCCAAUAUGAAUGUUGCAUAUAACCUUUUAAUGAUCGUGGGACGAGCAUGAUACGCACAUGCAGAAACGUUUCUCUUUUCAUACUUUUGUGCGAAAAUUUCUUAUUUUUGCGAAGAAAACCAGCAUUUGAAGGUAAGCAGUUUUAUAACAUAUACAGAAUGAGCGACCGUAUUGCAUGUAUAACAUAUUAAAAAACUCAUUAAUAAUUCAUGAGGAAAAGACAAAGGAAAUCACUGCCGUGUCGGUGGUUUUAUAUGUGAUAAAAAAUCAUCUUCAUUUACCUGAACUUUAGCUCUGAUUUUCUCGGCUUAGACAACAUUUAUUUUUAAAAUUACUUCGCCAAUGAACUCUUUAGAUGGGUCGUUUUUUAAGCCAUUUAAAACGCUCGCAGUCCGUGCUUUAUCCGAGAUAAAACUUCGUGUUUGAUAAAGCACUCCUGCUUGUGUUUUAAACACUGAACACAAAAUUAUAGAUGUUAUCAAUUGAUCGAGUAUAUCUAUUGUUUUGUGUUGAACAUCGUACGUAUAAUGUUUUCUAGCUCGAACGUGUGGUCCGGUUGUGAUUCCAAAUGGUGCCAUGGUCCGUCAAUCCAGAUGCACGCAGCAAAAUGCAAAUAGUUUUAAGGAUGUGUGUUCAUUCUAUUGUUUGGCCGGUUAUCAAAUAACUGAUCCAGCACAAACACAACUUACAUGUGGAGCAGAAGCUUUGUGGAAAGGAACAACACCUACAUGCAGGCGUAAGUAGUCAGGGACGUAGCAAAGACUUUCUCGUUUGGGGGUGGGGGCGUGUGUAGAUCUCAAAUUAACUUAGUUAUUUCUUUAAUUACAUUUUACGUUACCUAAAAACAGUGUUUGAAAGUUAGUGUGGUUUUUUCAUGACUGUUAGAAAGGCCAGAAAUGCAAAACUAAAAGUUUUCUUAGCUUGCGUUUAUUUUUAACUUCCACGUUUGCCUGUCAAUACUCUUAUAAUUUAUUUUUUGUGUGUGUUUUGAUGUUCAUAUGUACUCAGGUGAAUAUAAUGUUUUUGAUGUUGCUCUGAGUGUACUGUAUAUAUACACACCGCCGACACCGGGCAGGCUGAAAAAUUAGCCUGACCACGGUGGGAAUCGAACCCGCGACCUUUGGGAUCUUCAAAUCAGUUCAGGUCACCUGUAAAUUUCCCGGAAAUUACACAUGAACAAAUAUUGGGAGGGGGGUGUUACACCCCGACCUCCGGUAGAGACCCUGUAAGUAGUGUGUGGAAUAACUCCUUGGAAUUCCUUCGCUGAUCCCCUGGUGAUAGAUUGGUGAGAUUUGCAGUUUGACCACAGCAGCCCAAUCUCUGAAUGGUCUAUAUAUUUUGAAUAUUUAUACGGAAAAUUUAUACGUUAUAAUAUUUAACGAAAUAAUUCAAAUAGUAUCAACGAUAUACGUAAAAAAUAUAUCUAACUUGUUAAUAGAAUGCAUUUGUUGUGUUUCUGAGUCUAGUUGUUGCGGUUGCUUUACGUUUUCGUCGUACUUGAACGGUCGUCAAUACUGACACUGAACGACAUAGUCAUAGGGUAAAAGAACUAGUUCUCGUUCCUGGACUAGGAGAGUUUCGAGGAGUGACAAGCGACUAAAUGAAAAAGAAAAAUAUUUCUCUUCUGAAUUUUUUCAGCUGUUAGAUGUCAACCACUACGGGUUCCUAACAAUGGCAGAAUCAGACCAGCUUCGUGUUCUUCUGGUGCUACAUACAGCCAAACCUGUACUUUUAUCUGUUACGAUGGUUAUAACGUGAAUGGUGCAAAUGAUGUCAGAUGUUUGGCAAAUAGAACAUGGAGUGGUUCAGUACCUACGUGUGACAGAGGUAUGAUUGUGUAAACUUUGAAAUGAUUAUAGUUUUAGUCAGCGUAUAAUCAGGAGAUCCCGGUAUAUAUGAGACAUUUUUAUUAAAAGUCUUUGCUUUUUUUAUGAUAUUUAGUUCCGAAUCUCUCCACGUUUCUUUAUAUUAGCAAACGAGAAGAUGAUACGAAGCCUAUAUAUACAGUGACUUUCGGUAGUUUUAUAAGGCCCCCUUAUAACCAGAAGGGAUGGACACCUCAGGCCCCAGUUACACGAUAUAAGAUACAAUACUUGAAACCGUUAAAUUCGAUGUCGUGACGAACGAAUCCGGUAUCGUGUAUUGCUCUAUCCGUACGGCGGUUUCUGUGAUUAACACCAUUUUUAGACUUAAUUCAUUGGUGCAAAAUUAUAAAAAGAUUAGGUAAUCCAGACUUUCACAGCCUUAAUUCAUCAUCCCGCUUGAUUGGGAGUUUUGUUCCCGUUGUUCGUCCUUGAAUGGUUUUAUACGAAGUCUUUAUUUCUCUUUCUUUUCUUUAGUUGUUGUUGAUUUAUGGAUAACAUGUCCAGCCAGUAUCUCAGUAGACCUGAAGCCAGGUGAAAGUUCUGCUGACGUAAGCAGUCUCUGGAAGAUUCCUCAAAAGUCUCAAAAUGCUAAAUAUCUUACAUCAUCACACAAGAAAACUGAUCGGUUCCCUGCUGGAACGAGUUUUGUUACAUGGUCUGUCUCAAACGACAAUAUCAACUUUAAGACAUGCACGGUCACAGUUAAUGUAAACGGUAAGUGUUACUGGUUAUUGAUUUAAGCCUGGUUUCCAUUUGACCAUUAAGCCAUGAGACUGUCAUGGUGUAGCCAAUGUAAAAUAUAGACAUAUCUCUGCAAUCGUUAAAGUCGACUAUUUUGCAUACACGCUCUAAAUUUAAAUUUUUCAUUGGUUAAAAUAUCCAGCUAGGUAAACCUAAAAAUAACCCUGUUCGGGUUAACUUAAUAUUCCUGGUUAAACUUCCUGGUUAUUUUAUCUCACUUCCUACAAUAGUCUGGUUAAUAUAACCAGGACUAGAUGACUAUAGUGUGGGAGUAUCUAACUAUAUAGCACUUGCACAGGCCAUAUCACCCCAUAUGACUUGGUCUAUAAUUUCAGUAUUGAAAAAUGGCCUUUGAGCAUUCUGAUUGGCUCCCUCAGCAGUAACUCUGAAGCAAUAGUUACUGCUCUAGGGCCGGUUGUUCAAAGCUGGGUUAGCUUAACCCCAGGUUAACCUAAAAUUCAAAGCAAACUUCCUGACAGCUUGUCUAUAAAUUUGGAAAUAUUUCUUCAGAGAUCUUGCUUGGAUCGAUAGGAGUUUACUUCUCUGAAGUUUUGAAAUAAACAGACGUGCAGAAAUACACAAACUAAAACAGCAGGUUAAAUCUUAAUCCAGGGUUAGCGCUAACCCACCUUUGAACAACCGGCCCCUGAGUAUAGUAACUAUUGCUUUUCCCAAAAAAAGGCUGAAAAUCAGACGGAAAUAAAUUAUUUAUGCAAAUUAUAUUCAUAAAAUAAACACAUGUAUAUCAGUUGUUAUUUAUAAAUAAAACUUUUCAAUACUGAAAUUAUACUAAAACAAUAUAUUUAUAUUCGCUGAGCCGAAGGCGAAGUGAAUAUAGGCUUGUAAUCACCUCGCCUUCGGCGACUAAUUGUUAAAUAGUCUAUUGCCAUAGUCACGGUGGUAUUGGUAGUCUUGGUGCUCUUUUAAAAUUAUAGGGCCUGAACUUCAGGUUAUGGUGCUCUUGCAGUAUUAUGACAAUAUGCCAAAUGAAGUAAUUUGCCUUUAUACUAUGUUACAGAUAAAGAAAAACCUGUCGCUGUCAAUUGUCCAAAACAUGAUAUUUUGAUCGCAACAAAAAGUGAAAAAGAAUUGGUGGAACUGCCCAAUGUUCAGUUCACAGAUAAUAUCGCUGUCAAAAGAAUUGAUUAUUCUCAUCCCAAUCCUGUGGAAAUCCAGACAGGUUCCCAAAAAACCAUUACUGUCACUGCCCGAGACAGCGCGGGAAACACGGCGUAUUGUAUGUUUGAUGUACAUGUCGAUGGUAAGAGAAUGAGAGCUGUGGCUAUACAGGCUCUUGUUUUCGCAAAGCCUAACAUAAGAAGCUGCUUACAUGAUCCCGCUUUGAAGGGAUAAAAUUGAAGGCAGGAUGAUGUUGAAGUAUUGUACGUAGUAUACAUUAUCACUUUUAAUUAAACGAACUGAAAUAUUUUUGAAUAGAUACAGUAACUCAAGAAAACGGUUGUGUUGUUUGAAAGGUUAUGAGAAUUGUCAUAAUAGUAGUUCCACCCGGUCAACCUUAUAUACUAUUAGUAACUAUAUACUAUCAAAAACCUUAUAUACUAUUAGUUCUAUCGGACGAGAUGCUCCAAAAUCUCGACAGGAAAAUAAUUACCCUUAAUCGUAAACUGUGACUUAUUAUCUUAUAUCAACAUCAUCCUACCUCUCCGGCAAAGCGGGGCCACAUAAACGAGCCCUAAAAUACUUAUAGCCAAAUGCAAGCCUUCAGCUUUUGCUUUGGUUUACAGCACUAAGUUGGUUUAAUAUAAUGUUAAAAUUAUUUUGUAUAUAGCUCCUGUUUGUGGAAGCCUUGAAGCUCCAGUGAACGGCGAUGCACAAUGUCACGCGGGAAUUCUCUUUACGCACUGCCUAGUUUCCUGUAAGGGUAGUAAAGUACUCUUUAAUGCUACUGGUCUAUACGAUUCACGCGUAUGGCUUUGUGAAGGUUAUAAGUGGUCGCCAUCAAAAACUCUUCCUGAUUGUGUUGGUAAGUUUGAUAAUUUGAUAUAUGGAACACAAGAUAGCGUUUACUAUAUACACCGUAAUAUAUCACAUUGGAAAAUUAAUUUAAUACAGUUGAACCUCUAAUCAAGGAAUAUAUACAACGACGAACGUGUAAAGGCAGAUGAGUUACGAAUGUUUGGAGUACAUACCCUCAUCUGAGCAUUCAUAACUUAUCCACUCGUUCACAUCCAUCAGAAGAAGAAAAUCGCACCUAAAAUUGCAAGUGGAAACCACACCUCGUGUAAACGGGCCUUAAGCGUAUGUUAAUUAGAGAUAUUCGCUGACUGGUGGUUGGUUAUAAAGGUUAAACCAGUGCAUGAGCUCCAUAUAUAUCUGGAGCGAGAGUUCGAGUCCAAAAAGUGAAGCCAGCUUCGUGUUAACCGCGCAGACGUAAAAAACAAUAGAAAGGAACUGGAACUGACGCCCAAUAGCUCCUUCAAUUUCCUCCAUCUGGGCAAGGAGUGUACCAAAAUUUCGUAAUUUGACAUCGAUUUAAAGAAUAUCACUAUGGUUUUAUGAACUGAUCACUUGGUUAGCGAUACGGUCCGUUAGAAAAAAGCUGGAAUUAGCUGGGGAAAAUGGUAUAAAAGCUUUUUACGACCUUUUAUGCUACAGUCCCUCAUGUCGGAAGUGGGUCUUAAAUUGGACCCAAAGCAAUUUGCUCUUCCGGGAAAGUCAACCACUCAGGCACUCGUUUAUCUCCUACACUUGAUUCAUGCUGCUUUAGAUCCAGGCCACUGCUCUGUAAGAAUCUUUUUUGCUGAUUUCAAAAAAGGUUUUGAUCUCGUCGACCAUAAUGUCAUUAUUGAUGAACUUUUAAAAUUACAAGUGAGUCCUGCCAUUAUAAGAUGGAUAAAGUCGUUCCUUACCUCCCGCGAACAGUGUGUUAAAAUCGGACCAUCCUUUUCCUCAUGGAAACCCGUGAACGGUGGCCUACCUCAAGGAACUAAACUUGGCCCUCUUCUCUUUGCCAUUUUAGUCAAUUCCCUCCUACAGGACUGGAAUGGGCGGAUAAAGUUUGUAGACGAUGCUACUGCACUAGAAAUUGUUCCACGUUGCUCUCCUAGCUUGCUACCUAUUCUCGUAAAUGAUGUAUCUCAGUAUGCCUCAAGUAGAGGAAUGAAGCUUAACAGUAAGAAAUGUAAGGAGAUGACAAUAUCCUUCCUCCAAUACCACCUUCCACAUGAUAAUGCGAUCUAUAUAGAUGGUUCGCCAGUGCAAUCAGUAUCCUCCUUUAAACUGCUCGGUGUGCUACUGAGAGAGGAUCUAUCUUGGUGUGAUCAUGUCGACUAUGUGAUUAAAAAAGCAAAUUCUAGACUCUAUGCAUUGCGGAAGUUAAAAAAGGCUGGGUUAAGCGAUAAAGACCUUGUCACUAUAUAUUCGUCCUUCAUUCGGUCCCGAAUUGAGUACGCUUCACCUGCAUGGUCAACGCUGACCCAAGGCCAGUCUGACCUUAUCGAAUCGAUACAGAGAAGAGCAUUACGUAUCUUGCUUCCCGAAAUGUCGUAUCAAGACGCAUUGAAUUAUACUGGUCUAAAAAAGUUAAGUACGCGUAGACAAAAUUCCUGUGAACAAUUUAUUCGGAAAUUGAAGCUUGACAAUGGUCCUAUAAAUCCUCUUAAGGAUGUUGUUGCAACUCGUAUACAUUCAAAUACUCAUAAUUAUAAUCUUAGGUCCGAAUCAAGCUGGUCACUCCAAACGAACACAGAACGGUUUCAAAAUUUUAUAACUGUCAAAUAUAAUUAUUAAUGUAUUAUUGAUUUAGUAGUACUCGUGUAUAUUAAUUCAGGGACCCAAUUAUAAUUUGUGGACAGAUUUAAACUGACUAUUCAGAACGAACAUUGAACGGUUUGAACUCAAUUUUAUCUGUAAAUUUAAUUUUUAAUGUAUUUACUUACAAUCAUGUAAUUCAGUGGAGACUGCAAUGUGAUUAAUUAAACAGAUUAUUAUUAUUAUUAUUAUUAUUAUUAUUAUUAUUAUUAUAGCCAGUUUUAAUAACUGUCCCGCUAUUUUGUACGCAAGACGCCCGUGUUUCAAAAAUGUCGCGUCAUUCCUUCUUUGCUUACCAGAAAAAAAGCAUUAUCAACCGCCCUAAUGGCAAGAGUAAAACGUAAAACAUGCAUGGUAUAUAUGGAUAAUAAUCCUACAAUCAUUCGAUACAAUGUCACAAGAUAUUGUAGGAACUAAUGUCUGGACUUAGUUCCGAAACAUCACCUUACUUGAUCUAGUAGCUCAGAUGGUAUGAUGCAUCGCAGGUUCGACUCCCACCGAGGACAAGCAAUGAUGACAUCAGUAUUAAUCCAGUGUAGAUUCCUAAUCUCACAAAACAUUAGCUUACAACAUUGAAAUGAAUAUAACUGGAACGCUACCUCCGACCGGAAAUUUGAAGCCAAACUUCAAGGCCAGUCUCAGUCUUUUCACGUAUGGGAAGAGCGCUCAAUCUGUCAAUCAUAACAUGAACACGUAUGGGUCAGAUUUGGCUUCAAGAAGAAGAUGCCUAACGUUUUUAUUUUAUGCCUAUCUUUUCUAGUUUAUCUGAAGGCAGCGUUCCAGUUAUAUUCAUUUCAAUGGCUUACAAUUUGUUCUAAUUUUAGAUUAUGUUGACUCAAAUGGAUCGCCAUGUCCAAAUGGCAAAGUUCUUAUGACAACUACUUUACCACAAGAUGCAGUUACGCAUGUCAAAGUUUGCGGUAAGAUUAUUAUUAUAGCGUAAUUUAAGCAAGGAUAAAAUUUAUCUCCUGGACUCGUAAAGUAAGAUGCUACUAGCUGGUAAAUUUACAGACGAGUGUGGUGACGAAAAUAUUGGAAAAUCGUCAAUACAAAUGUACCUUGUUACGUACUGCAAUGUGUAAAGCUCAUUUCAGAAUUUGACUGCUUGACUAUUGAUUAAGGUUGACGCUAUUUUGUUGUUGCCAGAAUGCAUUAUUGACGUAAAGUGAAUAAGGACGUUUUACUAAUCCUAAAAAAUGGGUACUCAUUUUGAGAGUAAAGUCAUAACGGAUUGCAAAAUUAUAACGAGAGUACAUAGGGAGCGAUUGCAGAAUCUUUGUUCAUUUAAACAUUCAAAUAUGGGAAUCUUUUCAAAAUUAUUUAAAGUUAAAAAUGAAAUGGCAAGAUUAUGUUAUUUUUUAUCAAAUUCGACAAGAAUUUUUUGUAGAACGAGACGCUAUUAAUACACAGUUUGAGCAAAAUUGUUAGCAUUUUCAAGUGAUUAUUAGGUGUAACUUUUUUCUAUAUCCCAUGUCUAUUUUCUAUUACUGCUCAGUCUUAUCUCUAAGUAUUUUUACUAUUCUACAGGCGACUGUCCGUCAGGAACGUAUUACGAAAACAACGAGUGUAAGCUGUGCCCUGCAGGGACAUAUCAGAGUACAACUGGUAAAUCUGGACCAGCAGCUUGCAUGAAGUGUCCUCCUGGUACUUCAUCUAAAGCCGGCACAAAAAAGCGUUCAGGAUGUAAAGGUAAGUAUGCAAACAUAUCUGUCAGGUUUCUGUUGCACAAAACUCACUUUUAAAAUUCCACCCGCUUCCAACUGGGCUUUGCCACUGCCCUGGGUAACUCCUCAGGGAGUCAUUAAUAAACUGCCUUUGCGUGAACGGAAACCCUUCGACUAUGCGGAAGCACUUCGAAUAAGCGGAUCCGGAUGCCCUUCCGCAGGUUGUCACGUGGAAAUACAAAAGUGAUUACGUGAUACAAAUAAACCGAUUAAAUGAAUUUAAUCCAAGCAAGUCAAGAAUUAGAAAAGAAAACAAUUAGAAAACAUUAUUAAUUAGAAUUGGAAAACAAUAGAAAGGUGUAUAAUGCAGGAGGAAUUGAAAACAUGUGUUAGAUAACGUCAAAAAUUUUCAGUUAUCCAGCAUGGAUGGACACUCCUUGUGACCAUCACGAUGAACGAUGCCAAUUUUGGAAAUGAGACACCUUUCUUCUCUUUAGCUUUUCGUCUAUCCAUUGGACAGAGGGGUUGGAUUUUUAGUUGUUCAUGAUAGUAUGAUAAUGCUCACCACACUUUCCCUUAAACAUCUUAAACCCAUGUCUUGUUCAUAUUUCAGCGACUUGUGCACCUGGUUACUUCUCAGCGGACGGUUUUCAACCUUGUGAGUUAUGUGAACUUGGGGAAUAUCAAUCUAAUUCUGGAUCCAAGUCAUGUAACCGCUGUCCAAAUGAUCGCAGAUGUACACGAUAUCAGGGCGCGUCUUCUCUCGUGAAAUGUGGAUGUAAGUAUCAAAUCACAGAGUAGUUGCAUACAGAGGUCUCACUUCUGCGGGAAAACCGUAAGAUAGUUUUUUACAAAAAAAAGCUGGCGGCCAUGUUCUUAGCAAGUGCCCUAAAGAGAGCCACUCACCCCCCCUCCCCCUGGAACAUUACAUUUCAAUAUGUUUUCAGGGGGUGGCUGCCUCUCUUUAGGGCACUUGCUAAGAACUUGGCGGACUGAAACAAUCCAUUACGCUAAAUUAACCUGAGUGUAAGUACUCUGUGUUCAAAUGCGCUGGCUUGAAUUAUAACUUAUUAGGUUGAGUAUUUAUUGUGGAGGAAGAAGGAGCUGGCAAUCAGUCAUAAUGUCAUUAUCAAAAUAAUGUAAUUAUUUUAGUUAUUACGUCUUAGUCUCAUUUCAUUCUCGUUCGUUUGGCCCGUUUAGUUAUGGCGGACUUCUAUAAUAUUGUGUAUCAAUGUUCAUUUAACCUGAGUGAACAAUUGGUUCAAUGCACUAUCCAUUCCGCCACCAGUAAGGUGGGUCUACAGAAAAAAAUGAAGUAAAUUACUACUAAUAUAAAAUGUAUUUUUAACGCCUGUCAAGUGCAUAUAUUUUCUAUCAAUUUUCGGCGUUUUAUAACAUUAACAAACGUUGGAGGCAAAAUGAUUAUCUUAAUCUAUCAUUAAAUUUUCACUGUUCAUGAUCCUAAUUAUAGCUCCGGCAGCUAUUGCUUCAGAAUGAAACUGUAGUUAUAUUUGAGUCUUACCAUGCAUUCAGCUCCAUGCAAAAAAUGUUCCAUGUUGGCCAUUAACAAAAUACCCAAUUACCGGCCGACGUCACUUGACCGUGGAAAAUAUCAGAGCGAGGAUUCGUGUAAAGUUGGGAUUAAAUUUAUAACAAAGCUUUGACUUGAUUCGGGAAUUCCUUUCUAUUUUAGCAUGUCCAUCAAUCAGUCGUAUUGAACCAAGUAGUAAUGUCCAACGUCUACGUGGUUCGUUACUCGAGUUAUUCUGCUAUGUGAAUACAACUACGUCAGGAAGUUACGACAUAAGAUGGGCAUUUAAUCUGGAUACACCUGGUAAGUUGCAUUCGCAAUGGUAAAACAUGCCUGGCCAGGGAGUAUACUAGAACAUUAAUAUACCCAAUUAAAUAUCAAUAUGUAUACUAAACCGAUAAACUCGUUCAGUUUGAUUGCUUUGUUACUAUAAAUUUUGGGUACUUUAACCUAUAUUUUGGCCUAUUUUAAUGAUGGAAUCACCCGAUGCUAUAAUAGCCAAAUGACCUUGAGAGUGAUAUAUAUGAAACCCCUGGACAAACUCGUUUACUCGAAAUGUCUAUGAUUGAUGUUUAAGAGGCAGUCCGUGUAAAAACCGACCACUCGAAUUUCUUAAGAUUACAGAUUUCCUUCAAACUUUCUGUGUGGAAGAAGUCAUUCAUAAAAUGAGCAAAAAACGUUGACUUUGAAAUUGUAGUCAGUUUAAAAAAUUUUUUCGCAAUUAUUUUCGGACGCGUUCGAAAACAAGUUAAAACGUUAAUUACGCAAGUGAUAUUUGACCUUUUUUAUAUCUCACAGUUCAUCUCGCGCUUUUAUUCUAACUUCUUGAAACUUACAUAUUUUAUUAUUUCCUGCCUAGGCAUAAACCUAAACUAAAAAUUAUCCUGAUCACUUGAAGCAAACAAAAUAUUGUGUAUUUUUAAAAACGUCUUUCAGACAGCGGAUUAAAUAUUCGUGUUAGUAUGCUGGUGGUAAAUUAUUUUUUCUCAAAAGUGCAACGGUAUCAGGUAUCCAAUCUAUUGCAGCUACUGAGUUUUAUGACACAUCUACUAGAAUAAAUAAUAAAAUCUUUGGGCAGUAUGUUUUUCACCUGACAAGCGCGUCAUGAAUAUAGUCAAUUUUCGCUAAUUCGACUAAUUAUAAGCUAUAAUUUGUUAAUGCAUUUACUUAAAUUUUUCGCGUUAAAAACAUACAAAAUUGUUCACUAUCUUUCAAAUAUGGCUGUUUUUUGGAUAGAGACUAAGUUAUAAAUAUGCCAGCAUUUAUGCUAGCUUUAUAACAUAGAGCAAAAGUCUUGACGCAUGUGCCGACUGAAAUUGACAUGCACGCGUUGCUAAUUUUAUCCGCCGGUAUUAUCUUUUUAUUUUUUAUCAGUGUAUGAAAGCACUGUAAACAUACUGAUCUUGGUAACUAAAACUAUAUGCACCGACUUCCUCCGAAUGUACACAUCUAUCAGUAGAGAAUAUUAGAAGAAAGUAUAUUAUACAAUUUAUUAGAGAGUAAUGUUUUUCGCGUGAAAAGCGGUUCAUAUAUAAUCCCCGUUAUCGCUUGAAGUCGGUCAACGCGUAAUUUCAGGUUUUUCUUCGCUUUCUUAACAGUAUAUUUAUAUCGUAAAAUCAUUACAAUCUUAACUUGUUGAAUUCGGGGGAGGGGGGAGGGUAAGAUCCCCCAAAGAAAAGUCAAGAAAUGGGCCCAAAUAUUUUCGGGCAAUAUAGACCAAUAGAUAUAUAUAGCUAUAUAUAUAUAUAUAUAUAUAUAUAUAUAUAUAUAUAUAUAUAUAUAUAUAUAUAUAUAUAUAUAUAUAUAUAUAUAUAUAUAUAUAUAUAACAAGUAAAGCUUUUAAAGAGAAAUAACUUGCAUCAAAUAGAGGAAGGGCUAACUUAGAUUUUGAUAUAUUACAGUUGUAUUUCACUUAAAAAUUCACGGAGAUAUUAAUGUUUAAAAUCGGGAGCAUAUUUCUGGAUGUGUCUGAAAUAUGCAAAAAACGGCGUAUCAAAUAUUAAUCAAGAUUUGCCCGACUGAAACAUGCACGAUUACCAGUAAAUAAAUGACACUUGACAAAUUGUUUAUUAUGAAACAAAGUCUGUAUUAUUAUAUACAAAAUACAAGCAAUAUUUAUUCGUCCGAAAUCUGUGUGUGUUCCUAGCACGAAUACGUUUCCUUAUUUCAUGAGACCACUGCAUCGCGAAGGAUCGUCAUGGAUCGUUCGUAGUUCUGAAUUAGGGCAUGCUGUCACAAUGGAAUUGUGAAGCUCUUCUAACUUCUGCAAUGUUCUGAAAUCUUGUUAAGAACACUCUAACUCAUUUGCCUUUUCUUAAAUCAUUUUAAGUUCACAAUAAACUGAGAAUGAAACACAAUCAAACCAUACAACUCCAUAAGACAUAACAAUUAAGCAUGCAACUCCCUGGAGACAUCCAACAUUUUUGGAACAAAACGUAACAAAAUAGUAGCGUUGAUACUGUGAUGUGUAUUUGCAAAAAGCAAUAUUAUUUCCUUCAUUGCAGAAUAAUAUUCAUCCUGCUCUAACCGAGAAAUAAUCAACUCUGUUUUGAACCCAUGAAAAACAUAAAAAAUUAGGCUAAGAAAAAUUUAACGCCUGCCUUGCAUGGUCUUUCAUGUAUCUUAUAAAUUUGUAAAGUUUGUAAAGACCUAUUAAAUAUUUGCAUAAUUUCGUUCGUUCAUAUUUCAGGAAACAAUGAGCUAAGACUUAGCUUACAUGUAAGAAGUCUAAAUCUACGCCAUAUCCCUUACAAACCCUAACGACAAUUCGCUGAAAUACAAGUUAGCCUGAUAUGUCAUCAAGCAAACAAACGCUGAAGUUAAUAUUUGAUAUGCCGAUUUUCGCUAAUUUUAGACACAUCCCAAAAUAUGCUCCCGAUUUUGAACAUUAUAUCUCCGUGAAUUUUUAAGUAAAAUACAACUGUAAUAUAUCAAAAUCUAAGUCAGUCCUUCCUCUAUUUAAUGCAAGUUAUUUCUGUUUGAUAGCUUUACUUGUUUAGAAGGUAUUAUACAUCAAACCGGAGUACUUUUUUUUGGGACACCCGGUAUAUGAGUGUACUACUAUACAUUUAUAUUGCUCUCAUGUGCAUAGAGAGACAAGGUACGAAAUUAGAAUCUAUAAACAAUCAACUUUAAUACAUGCAUGGUUGGGUAUACAAAAACGUUUUGAUGUAAAAAACGAAUUUCUUUCUUGUUGCUUUGUGCUAUUAGGCUAUAUUAAAACCGACGAAACAUGUAGUAAGCGCAUAUAUUAAGUGAAAGUGAAACUUAUUCUCAAACAAAUAAAUGAACCAAGACUGCAUGUCGUAAUCUCUCUGAAAGGGCAAAGCAGUAAUUAAAGGGUGUAUAUAUAGAGGCAUCUAUAUAUAACGGCAAGUGAUUUAAGAGAGGAUGUCCACAAAUAUCAAACAUAAAGCGGCCACGACUGAAAAAUCGAUUUUGCUCAAAUUUUGCCCAGAUAUACCUUAUUAUAUCGGAAAAUGCACCAUAUAUUUUUUUAGGUCAAAUGCUUUUUUAACUUUGAGAAAAUGCCGUUUUAAUGCGACCACCCUAAAUCGAGGAGGUUGCUAUAUAUAAAUGCUUAAUGCGCACUUCUCCAAAAUAAAUUUUAUGGGGAGGGGAAAUCCAGCAAAUAAUGGCAUAAUGGUAUUGGCCCGCCAGCCCGCAUCCACUUUAAGAGAAGCUCCGGAUGAGAAACUAAUAUACAACAAAUAUUGGGCUUUAAUACUACUAUUUAUUUGAGGGAGUUUGUUUUGGCCGUCGUCGUCGCGUUGCCGUCCUAAAAUCGUAAGGUCUCUAAUAACCCCUCCGUGCGAUCGUUAAAACGAUCGCACGGAGGGGUUAUUAGAGACCUUACGAUUUUAGGACGGCAACGCGACGACGACGGCCAAAACAAACUCCCUCAAAUAAAUAGUAGUAUUAAAGCCCAAUAUUUGUUGUAUAUUAGUUUCUCAUCCGGAGCUUCUCUUAAAGUGGAUGCGGGCUGGCGGGCCAAUACCAUUAUGCCAUUAUUUGCUGGAUUUCCCCUCCCCAUAAAAUUUAUUUUGGAGAAGUGCGCAUUAAGCAUUUAUAUAUAGCAACCUCCUGAAAAACAGCACAAAAUCAGUAAGUGCAACUGAAAGCAUGUUUUCAUAAUUUUGUACCCAGAACGUCUGGCGUUUUUCGGCCCUGCCCCUGGCUUCCGGUAGAACUUUUAUAGCUGAGUUUGGAUAUUUAAUAAGUGUGUACGUAAUGCGGGAAAAACUUGCAGUUUGGUUAUCAAAUUUUGUAUUUUAACUAUAACAUUUGGUUUGGGAACGUUUCUAAUUGUCUUUCUUUCAAAUUUCACUUUGAAGACAUCACAAAAUUUAUAAUAAUGGUCAAAAAUGGCAAUAAUAAUGGCGAACAAGGCCAUUUUCCUAAAAAGCAUGCGGGCGGGGAUGAGAAACUAAUAUACAGCAAAUAGUGGCCUAAAGACAAUUCGUGGUAUAUUAGCAAUCGUAUGAAUUUAAUAAAAUCGUAAGAAUUUAAUUGGUUUUAUGUUUGGGAAGAGUUUUGCUGAAACCAGUUUGAAGUUGCACUUGUUGCGCCUUGAAAUGCAGCCGUUGUAUCAAGACGUGAAAAUCUGUGAUUUGGCGUUGUGAUUUAGACAAAUUAUUCAUAUAUUGCAAUUAUGAAUUCUUUUUAAUUAUUUAUUGUAUUUGUAGCCGUUGCUGUCCUAAAUCACUGUGCCUAAAUCGUAUAAAGGUGUUUAUUUAAAAAUCGGGGAACCAUGCAAGGUAAGCAUGGUUAAAACUUUUUCGAGUAUGGGGACGUAUGCGUGCACAUGCAUGCAUGGUUUACGCUACUCAUACGUUUCUCUCAUACGCAAUAGUGUGACAGGACCUUAACCGAGAUCAGCAUGUAAUUGCAGUUCUUAAAAAACAUGAAAGUAUUAAACAUGUAUAAAAUAUUUGUUUCAUUUUAUAGUGGGAAAAUAAAUCUGCACUAUGUCUAUGAUGAGAAAAAAGUGCUCCUUCAAGGCAUCCUAUAAAUUGGCACACAUAUAUCCUUUCCCGCACUUUUCUUAUACAUUUUUGUUUAUAUAUACCAUGCAUGUAGUAUUUAAUGAUACUCAUAAACGUAAAAUUUCAAGCAUAUAUAAUUGCUGGCAUAUUUAUAACUUACUCUCUAUAAAAAAAACAGCCAUAUUUGAAACAGUAAACAGUUUUGUAUGUUUUUAACGUGAAAAAUUUAACAAUUUAUAGCUUAUAAUAAAAAUUAUAGCUUAUAAUUAGUCGAAUUAGCGAAAAUUGACUAUAUUCAUGACGCGCUUGUCAGGCGAAAAACACACUGCCCAAAGAUUUUAUUAUUUAUUCUAGUAGAUGUGUCAUAAUACUCAGUAGCUGCAAUAGAUUGGAUACCUGAUGGCUGAUACCAUUGCACUUUUGAGAAAAAAUAAUUCACCGCCAGCAUACUAACACGAAUAUUUAAUCCGCUGUCUGAAAUACGUUUUUAAAAAUACACAAUAUUUUGUUUGCUUCAAGUGAUCAGGAUAAUUUUUAGUUUAGGUUUAUGCCUAGACAGGAAAUAAUAAAAUAUGUAAGUUUCAAGAAGUUAGAAUAAAAGCGCGAGAUGAACUGUGAGAUAUAAAAAAGGUCAAAUAUCACUUGCGUAAUUAACGUUUUAACUUGUUUUCGAACGCGUCCGAAAAUAAUUGCGAAAAAAUUUUUAAAACUGACUACAAUUUCAAAGUCAACGUUUUUUGUUCAUUUUAUGAAUGACUUCUUCCACACAGAAAGUUUGAAGGAAAUCUGUAAUCUUAAGAAAUUCGAGUGGUCGGUUUUUACACGGACUGCCUUUUAAUUGUACUUUAUCUGCGUGUUUUACCUUAUUUACCGUAUUUACCGUAUUUACCCUUCCCCCAAAACGACGUCGUCCAAAUAUGGAGAGAAUAAUACCAACAACGAAUGUGGGGGAAGAGAACGAAAACGCGGUCCUUUCUGUAGUUAAUAGACUAUAGUACUAACAUCCAAACAAAGAAACUUAACUCGAAAUUUUUUAUGUUUUCUUAUGCUGUACCGUCUAUUUUAGGUCAAACUUUGGGUAGCAGAAUUUACCAGAAGAAACUUAGAGACGCAAACGGGAUGCAGACAGGUCUCAGAUUGUCCGUGCGUGAUCUGCAGGCCUCGGCAAGUUUUGAAUGUGUUCUGGAGAGCAAGUAUGCUGUAGUGAAGAAAGCAGUCCAUGUUUCAGUGAUUGAUUCAAAUGGUGUCGGAUCUGGUACAGGUAUGCUGCUGUAAAGUGUCUUUUUCAUCCUCUCUUCUUUCGAGCAGCUGCAAAGGAGACAUGAAAUACUGAAGUAACUAUACUUAUAUACUGCAGCAUGACAGAAAAGGUGUUCGCUGAAUGAGUUAUUUAGUAUCGAGCUAGCAGAGACUUAUAUUAAGACACAUGCGCUCGACAAAUAAAAAGGAAGGAAAAUCAGAGGACCCGGGGUGAAAACACUCGAAGCAGCAGAUAUAAUUUACCAAACUAUACUUAAAUGAGUUUUUCAAGUGCAGCGAGGUUACCGAAGUAACCGAAUCUAAAUCCACUAUGUCCAUCGACCUACUCUAGCUAGUUUAACUCAGUGGUAAAGGCAGCGUGCUCGUUAAACACUUUUGGCACCCGUUAUAUUCCCCUUGAUAUAUCUAAAAUACCGUAUAAUAUCGUACCCCACAAUUACGUUCUUCAAUCAGAAAACAGGAUUUGCAUCAUGUGAGAUCUUUCGUGAUAUAUCAGUUCAAAUCUCGAUUUCUGACUACGUUCAAUUAAAGAAUUCCCGCAAUGAUCUAUGGGAUCCGACAGUACAAGAGGAAAAACCCCAUGAUGGGAAUGCGAUAAAGAAUUUCCGGGCUGAGCAACUGAGAACAAGCCAGGGUUUAAAACCUAAUAAAACACGCUUACCCGUGUCCUUCAUUCAUACUGGUUUGCUUGUUCUCCUGGAUUUAGGUUUACUUAAAAACUUAUUCUAUUUUUUUCUUGAUUUAAGAAAAUAAUUGUGAAACAAAGCUGGAUGGACAGACAAACUAACAAUUAUUUUUCUUUCUUUAGGCUUAGUCAGUGACGAAGGGUUGUAUGAAAAAGAGUUGUUAAAUGCUUGA